GUCAGUGUAGAACGCCGGUUAAAUGAGACACCUGCUAUGCUAACCUUUUAGACAGUGCUCAGAAAACUGUCACUUUGUUCGUACAUCGAAUGAUUGGAGCUAGAAUGAGUAAUUUACGGAAAUUUAUAGAUAUCGGAGCAAAUUUGACGGAUCCUAUGUUUCAAGGAAUUUAUCAUGGUUCUCAAAAACAUCAACCAGAUUUAGAUAAGGUUUUGGAAAGAAGUUGGAAUAAUGAUCUCUCCAAAAUUAUAAUCACUGCCGGUAAUGUGGAAGAAAGUAAAAAAGCUCUUGAAAUAGCACGAACAGAUGAACGAUUAUUUUCAACGGUUGGUUGUCAUCCAACGCGUUGCAAUGAGUUUGAAGAAAAUGACAAUCCGGAGGCUUAUCUGAAGUUGUUAUCAGAUUUAGCUAUAGACAACAAGGAUAAAGUUAUUGCUAUUGGUGAAAUGGGAUUGGAUUAUGAUAGGCUACAGUUUUGUUCAAAGGAUGUACAGAAAAAGUAUUUUGAAAUGCAACUAUCUUUAUGUUCCACUUUGAAAUUACCAAUGUUUUUACACUGCCGAAAUGCUAGUGAAGAUUUUGUGAAAAUUUUAAGGAAGCAUAAAGAUACAUUAACAGCUGGUGUUGUACAUUCUUUUGAUGGCAAUCCAGAGGAAGCAAAUUCUAUACUGCAAAUGGGAUUGUAUAUUGGCAUUAAUGGAUGCUCACUUAAAACAGAAGAAAAUCUUUUUGCUGUAACGACAAUUCCCUCAGAUAGAUUAAUGAUAGAAACCGACUGCCCAUGGUGUGAAAUAAGACCAACUCAUGCUUCUGCAAAAGAUGUUAUUACUAAUUUUACAUCUGUGAAAAAAGAAAAGUGGCAACCAGAUCGAAUGGUUAAAGGAAGAAACGAACCAUGCACCAUAGUCCAAAUUUUGGAAGUGCUUGCACGGAUUAGAGACGAAGAAGAAGAAUACCUAUGUAAUCAAAUAUACAAAAACACAAUGAAGGUCUUUUUUCCUCACGAAUUAUAAUUGUAAUCGAAACUUAUGACCACUGUGCACAAAAGAAACGCAAAAAAAAACACAUAACAAGAAUUUUUACCAAAUUCAUUUCUUAGAAGAAAGGAAAUGAAAAUACUCAUUUUUACAUACAUUGUUCUAUGAAUGUGACUGGAGUCACAUAAUCAUCUCCAUUAGUUGCAUUAUUAGCACUAUUAUAUUUAUAAUUAUGAUAAUAAUUAUUACUAUUCCUAUA